UUACGGAAGUUGCUUAACGACACGCCGAGGAGGAGAAGACAACAAGCAACAACCAGCAUCCCUCCGUGUGUCCCAGUCACUAACCCACCACACUUUUUAAAGAAUGCUUCUUUAAUCCGACGUUAAUCUGUGUCUCUGAACGCACCGUGUUGGUCGAUGUGGAUUUAAUUCACCUUCCAUUCAGCCUGACUUGAAAAUGACGAGUUACCGGGGGUUUCACUCCCAGCUCACGUCCAUCAUGGAGGCGCUUGCCAAAGCGGCCGUGGCGGAGAUCUGCGAGCUGGUGGAGGAGGGCUACGCCGUCCUGCAGCUGGAGAUCAGCCGGAGCCGAGAGGAGAACGACGCGCUGAGGAGGAAGCUGGGGCUGAUCGAGACCAUCAUCUCUCGGGGACACCGGGGGGACGCGACCACCGGCGGGGGGCUGAUGGAUUUCAGUAAAGAUUAUGCCCUAACAGCUGGAGUGGUGUCCAGACUGCCGAUAGCAAAUAUCAAAAGAAGCGGACGGGCCCCCGUGUCGGAGGCGACGAUAGAGCCGAGUCCAGCAACCUGCGAAGAGGAUUCUUCUGCAGCAGCUCCUGCAGAGGAGCCGAGAGAUCAGGACGUCAUUUUGAUAAAGGAAGAGACGACGAAAGAGGAGGUGAGCGAUGACGACACAGACGAGCUGCUUCUCACAGACGACGGAGCCGAGGGGCAGCUGAUGGGAUCAGACGGCGGUGAAGAAGGCGCCACAGGGAGGAUGAUCUCAGUCGCAGAAACGAGGUCGUGGGAUCUGAACAGUGACAGGCUGACAGAAUCCAACAGUGCACCGGGGUCUCCAGGUCCUGCAGGGGGCGCUGAGAGCAGCUCCUCAGGGGUCGUGUUAGACUUGGCCUCAGAGUCUGACUGUGAAGCUCCGCCCACAGCCCAGUCGAGGAGGCAGUUCUUCCCCGGAGCGGGGGGAAGUCCCGCCUCCCUGCCGGGGAUGUCCGAGCUGAGUCGGGGAGCGUCUCUGAUCAACUACGACAUGGAGCUGGACCUGUGCUCCUCCUGGACCAGUCAAAGCCUGCCCAGCAUGAUGCCUGUCCCUCAUAGGCCCACGCUCCAUGACAAGGUGCCGGACCUGAACGCCGCAGCUUUCCCCAUGGUGCUCGGUCUUGGCGGAUCCAGACUGGACCCUCUAGACUUGAACAGGUUCUGCAGAGACCGGCGCUUCGUCUGCAGCUACUGCGGGAAAUUCUUCACGUCGUCGCGGAGCCUGGAGACGCACGUUCGCGUCCACACGGGCGAGCGGCCGUACAGUUGCGCUCAGUGCGGGAAGCGCUUCACGCAGUCGGGACACCUGAAGACGCAUCAGAGCGUCCACACGGGGGAGCGGCCGUUCGCCUGCGAGCUCUGUGGGAAACGAUUCGCCGGGAAGCAGAACCUGAGGAUCCAUCAGCAGAAACACCACCAGGGGGAGCUUCCUCUCGGCGUCAUCAUGGGCGCGUUGACCAAAGCGGCGGUGCUGGAGAUCUGCGGGCUGGUGGAGGACGGCUACGCGGUGCUGCAGAUGGAGAUCAGCCGCAGCCACAAGGAGAACGAGGACCUGAGGAAGAAGCUGCACCUCAUCGAGUCCAUAGUGGUCCGCGGGAGCAGCGGGGGGAAGACGGCGGAACCGGAGGGAGCUCCCACCGAGGAGGCGGAAACACCAGCCGCUCCCGGGGGAGACGCGGCAGGAGCGGCAGGAGGAGACGCGGCAGGAGCGCUGCGGGAGGAGCUUCCAGAUGUGGUGCUGAUCAAAGAUGAAGACUCUGACAGCAGCGAAACGUUCGAAGAAGAUUACAGGACACCGUCUGAUGGAGGGAUGUCUGCAAACAGAGACGGCGUCACGUCCUCUCCCGCCGGCCGGAGCUUGAAGAGAGUCUGGCCGGGAAGCGAAGAGCCGGGCAGGACGCUGUCCUCCGAUCAGCUCGCACCGAAAACCUCACACGCGAGCGCAGGGACGCAGAAGAGGAGCGCGUCCGUCUACUCCCUGGACUCCCCUCGCAGCGAGCCCGGCUGCUCCGUCCAGCUCGGCGGGGACAAGAUGGAGGCCGGCGACACGGUCUGCUCCUUCUCGUCACAGAUGGACCCGGACGUCCAGCUGGUCCUCCAGGAGUGCUCGAUGGUCCCUCCGAGCGCUAACAGACCGACGGUGUACUUUGGGAACGGCUCCCUGAUGGAGGCUCAUUCUCCGACCAACAGGGCCGAGCUCGACCUCAGCGUGACGUGGACCAAACAGUCGAAGAGUCACAUGACCUUUGCUCCUUUUCACCAGAACGAGAACGUGGACGGUGACGCUUUUGGUCUCAAGCUGGUCAGCGUCUCCGGCUCGACCUCCACCGACUGCCAGCUGUCCGAGGGCAGCAACUCUGCGUUUGAGUACGAAGACGGUGCCGACAUGGUGAACUACGCCCUCUACAGGGAGCAGCCGGGUCAGACGGGCGCCGGCCCCCGGGGAAAACGCUUCGUCUGCUCCGUCUGCAACGGGACCUACGCCACGGCUCAGAACCUCGCGGUUCACAUGCGGAUCCACACGGGCCAGAGGCCGUUCAGCUGCGACCAGUGCGGCAAGAAGUUCACCCAGUCGGCUCACCUGAAGUCACACAUGAGCGUUCACACGGGCGAGCGGCCGUACGCCUGCUCGCACUGCUCCAGGAGCUUCGUCAUCAAACCUGCAUCGACUCAGGUGAUCUGGACUGUUCUGAUUUUAUUUAUUAAGAUGUCCCCGGCUGCUGCUUUCCACGCACAGCUCGCCUCCAUCGUGGAGGUGUUAGCCAACACGGCGGUGGCGGAGAUCUGCGAGCUGGUGGACAGCGAGUACUCGGUGCUGCAGCUGGAGAUCUCCCGGAGCCGCAAAGAGAACGACGUACUGCGGAGAAAGCUGCGGCUCAUGGAGCUCCGAGCCGCCCGGGCGACCGCCCUGCGCGCCGCGGCUAUCGCAAGCGGCACCGCGCUGCCACUCACAAGCGGCCGCGCUCGAGCUCAGUUGCCUGCUCAUCAUCACCCUGGCAACGUGCCGAGGAGGAACGGAACACCUAAAGGUGAGCUGGUGCUGUGCAGAGCACCUGCUCAGACACUGCGGUGUGAAGACAUCGAUCCAUCCUCCGGACGGGGCGCCACACAGGGGACGCCGGCUGCAGGUGAGACGGCCAAACCGACGACCGCGGUCAUCAAAGUGGAGGACGACGAUGAGACCUGGGGCUGCUCUGCUCAGGACACAGAUCUUAUUCCUGUUGUUGAAGAACAGACGACAGACGCAGAAGCUCCGCCCCUGCUGACUAAACAGGAAGUAACGGAGGAAGGUGGCGGUUCUACUCGAGCUUGGGCGAGCGAGGAAGUCAGCUCCACUUCAGUGUGCGUCCAAAAUACGACAAACACCAGCCAGAGUUUAGAAACCGGCAGCUUCGACUGUCUGAUGUUCGAGCCACAGCUUCAGCACGGCUCAAUGAGUACCCAGAAUCCUUUGCCAGAGGAUCCCAGCUGCUCGUACGCGUCGAACACCAGAGGGAGAGUUUCAGCUGCGUCCGAUUCGGGCAGCGUUUCUUUCACCGUCGGGGAGCUGAGCCCGCCGGUGGCAGAGUGCAGACAGCCUGCAGGCUUACAGAACAACCAGCAGAUGGCGCUGCAGCUUCCUGCGAGAAAAGAGACGAGAGAGAGGCAAAGUGCUUUCCUCAGACGGGACCGGUGGAGACAUCUGGACGCCGCGAGCAGGGUGUCCAGUAACAGCGGGGAGGACAGCGCGGGGAAAACGUUUGUGUGCAACUACUGCGGGAAAACUCUGGCCUGCCUGAAGAACCUGAAGACCCACAUGAGGGUCCACACGGGCGAGAAGCCGUACGUCUGCAUGCUCUGCGGAAAACGCUUCUCCGACCCCAGCAACCUGAAACGCCACCAGAGGGUCCACACGGGAGAGAAACGCUACAACUGCGUCCACUGCGGCAAACGCUUCGCCCAGUCGGGAUCCCUGAAGGUCCACAUGAGCGUGCACACGGACUGCAAGCAGUUCAGGUGCUCGCACUGCGGCAAGACCUUCAUCUCCAGCAGCCACCUGCGCCGCCACGUCACCACGCACGCUGAAGAGAAUAGAUUAACGCUUUAGUGACAAAGGUGGGAUUAUGGGAAAUGGAAUCCUACAGGAGCUACCCGUGUAGGAGAUAAUGAAAUCAACAUGAACAGGACUACUUCUUUUACUCAUAAGACCUAACUGAUAUGUGGUUUUUUUUCUUGUUUCUUGACAGCAAAUAAACUUUUUUCCAGCUAGA